UCAUGUCUCAGCAACAGUUUUUCAGCUCAUCACUUUAAACAUCUCCACUUCAAUCUAGAAUGAAAAGAGACUUCUGUCAGAAACCUGCAGGAAUGAUUGACAGUUUGUUGUGACUCUAUAAAGUCUAUGAAGCUACAGAAGUUUUUGACAUCUUUUUUGUUAAAUGUGACUCAGAGUAAAUCAUGUCCACAUGCUUGAAGGAUCUUUAGUGGCGUCUAAUUUGUCUCCAUCAACAGGUGACACUUCAACCUGUGUGUGAUGCUUCCUGUCAGACAAUGAUGUCACUUUGUAGAGACACAAGCAGGAAACAGGAGCAUGAAUAUGAGGCUGCAGACAUGUUGCUACAGAAGGUUCUAGGUUCCAUAUAGAACCAGAGGAGAGAACAUCCAUCUGACUGGGAUCAGUUCUAAAGAUGAUUCACUUCAUCAAAAAUUGUCAGUUUGGAGUUUGAUCCAAACAUUAGUCUGAACAUUUUCCAUCAGACGACACAGAAUAGUUCAGAUUUAAAGAGAAGAUGAUGAAUGAAAGGAAACAGAUGAAGUCUUUGAUCCAACACGUCUGGUUUUCUACUAGUUCCAGCAGCAGCUUGUGAAUCAGUGCUGACAUCAACAGGUGUAUGAAUGUUGUGCUGACAUGUGGAUGAUGUGUAGAAGCUGAGAUCAUGACGACACAACAACACAAGCACAAAUUCACUGCUCAUUUUAGACUAAACAUCAGUGAUCAGGACAAAUCUGACUCAUUAUUAAUGCUAUGAUCCACAUCUUUGACUCUUUAUUUAGAUUGCGUUUCUGCAGUUUGUCAGAGAUCAGCUGUGAUUCUCUGGUCUCAGUUCUGAAGUCCAACCCGUCACAUCUGACACAACUGGACCUGAGCUGGAACAAGCUGCAGGAUUCAGGAGUGAAGCAUCUGUGUGGUUUUCUGGAGAGUCGUCACUGUCGACUGGAGACUCUGAGAUUGAGUGGCUGCAGUUUGUCAGCGAUCAGCUGUGAUUCUCUGGUCUCAGCUCUGAAGUCCAACCCAUCACAUCUGACACAGCUGGACCUGAGCUACAACGACCUGCAGGAUUUAUCAGUGAAGCAUCUACUUGACCUGGUGCAGAGUCCAGACUAUGGACUGCAGACUCUGAGCUGGAGAUGAUCCAGAUGUAGAAGCAGCAGCAGUGUGUGUGUGGAGGUUCUGACUGCUCCAUGUUACUGGGAGCAGAGCUUCAUCCACAACUGAAUGACAGAGGAACCAGAAGCAGUGGAGACGACUCUCAGUGUGAACUGAUCUGAGACCAGCUGCUCUGUGUCCAGUCCACCAGGAUCAUGUGGGAAAUGAAGUGUGUGGUGCAGUAGUUAGACAUCAAGGACAGUGUUGACUGUAAUUCUUUCUCAGGCUCCUCUUGAGGUUAGUGACUGAGGACUUACUACCAGCUGGAGCUGUGUUGUUUUCUAACCAUCCUGGGCUCAAAGAGCUACAGGACAACAAAUGGGCUUUAGCUUCUAGAACCAUUGGCCCAAUCAGAUCAGAGAGACCAGACUGACGGCUCUGCUUUUCUAAUGGAAACCCUGGUCAGAGAACGUUGGCUAUGUCUCUAUCAGAGACCAUGGAUCCGUCUGCAGGUUCACUACAUCCAUGUUCACCACAGUCAGUGAAUGCAGCUGCAUUCCACAGACCACAGUCUCCUCCCACCCUUCACUAAUAUGGUACAGCACCAUCUUAGAUGACCACCACCUGAAAAAUAUUGCUUAGCGCCUCUUCAGGAAGACACAUUAUUUGUUGUCCCAGGGCUUAGACGUUGGGUCAGGGUGACUCCUGUCUGAUGACUCUCACAUGUCUCAUGUCUAAUGAAGCUAAUGAGAAGUUUUUUCCCAGAGCCCUCUUUUGAUCUGGGCCACGAUUUGCCUUUGUGGUAUUAACAUUGACCGUUUGACAUCCUCCCCAAGGCUCUGGCAACGCGGGUCCUGCCUGGGGCCACACAGUCUCCUGGUCGUUGGUAGGUUCACAUCUGGGUGAGUAGAUGUAUGUGGGUAUGAGGCAGUCUGUGCAUGAGGUGUUGGUGGUAUGUGGGUGGUCCAUCUUCAGCUCAGGGUGCAUGGUCCUGCUGCCUUCUCUUCUACUGUCCUGCCCAACGCCUCCCUUAUGUUACAGUCAGGGGCUUUGCUUGAUGCCUGCAGGGCUGCAGCGGGCUGCACGAUCUCUGAUCUCUGGACUAGUCUUUCUAUUGGUUCUGCUUAAUGUGGGAUGGGCCAGAGCUGGCUCACCAGCAGCCUGGUCUGGACCCAGGUGUUCUCUUCAUGGCUGCAGUGGGUGUUUGAUAGCUUGACUAAUAGUUUGAUCCCAUUCACUUGUGCUUCUUCCCAGCAGGCACACAACCGACUUUCAAGGAUAAAAUGUGGUUGAAAUAAUGUCAGUUAUUGUUGUGACACCAUUAAUGUAAUGUUGAAACAACAUUUAAUGCUAAUGCUUGUGAAAAGGUCUAUACAAAUCAACAUUAAAAUAAGAUUUGUAAAUAUAAGGUUGACCGUAAGAUGCUGAAUAACAUUGCCCUGUCAAUGUUAAUUGACAGGGCAAAAAUCAAAACAAGAUCUAAUCGUCAUUCAACCCAAAAAUCACCAAAUCAAAACUAAGAUUCAAUAGUAAAAAGCCUGCUUGGUUUGUUUGAUUUUUUAAAAAUCCUCUCCAUAACAAGUCAGUGUGUAACGCCCAAUGAAAGUUAUUCAGACUCAAAAUCCAUUUCGCAAUAAAUUUGUCAAUCUGCAAUUUUGUGAAUCUGCAAUUUUAUUUAUUUAAUUUCUACAAUGUUCUGUCAAAAAAUAUCAAAUUUUAAUUUCUGUGUUCUGUUUGGAGUCUUGUUUGGGUUUAAACUUGACUGUGGAAUAUUUUGAAAUGUUGUGAAAAAAGUAACGUAGAAAAAAGUAACGGGAUUCGAUCCCGCGGUCACUGCAGCAAAAGCUCACCCCAUAAACUGACAUCAUGCAACAGAUAUGACAUAAUUCCAAUCACCGCUGUGAUUUGGUGUUAUGUUGAGCGGUUCUACGUAACGUAACUUCUGGUAGACAGACACGACACCGGUGACCCAGCAGCACACAGGCCUGUCUGACGGUGGAGGAAUAAUGCUAUUUCCAUUCUGUUCAUCAGAAAAGCCUCAGCGGCGCUUGGCAGCUACAACGCCGGCUCCACUGUUUGUUUGCUGGAGUUGCAGUAGUGGGCUCUGAUUGGUUAGGACAGUUAAACCUCGGCCAAUCAAGUUUGAACAACGCUUUCUAAUUUUGACACUCUUAGAGCUCAUUUACAAAUCAUGCAAUGCAUUCUGGCUGUCUACUGUCCCAUUUAAAUUAAGACUCCUCUCAAGCACGAGAAAAAGAAAUGCAAUUGAUUAGGUCUUUAUUUAAAACUUUAAAUUAAUGAAACUAGGUAUUGAAUCAACACUUGAGACUUAGAAGGUAGAAGGAGGAGAAGAGGAGCAGCCUGACAGCCUGGGCAACUCAAUGUACUGUACUGAAUAGAGGGGAUUGAACCCACAACCUGGGAGACAGGAGCACAGUGCACUAACCACUUUGCUGGGGAAUAUUUACAUUUGCAAAGUACAUUUUCAAAUUGGAUGACCAAAUAGCAUGUGGAGUUGUCAAUUGCAAAAUGCAUUGCCAUUUGAAUAAACACUACAAAAAAAAAACAUAACAAUACAAAAUGCAGUUUAUUUAUUGUUUAUUUGAACAUUUAACUAUUUAAACUGGGUAUUGAAUUGCCACUUUUAAUAUUGAAUUGCCAAAUGCAAAAUGCAUUUACAAAUUAAACGACAAUAUUGCUUAUUGAAUUGCCAGUUGACAAAUGUAUUGCAAAUUUGAUUUUGAGUCUGAAAAAGUGGUAAAAGGUCUGGACUUGUAUGGUUCUGUUCUGCUGGUUACACCACUGUCCAUUAUUGGACCAAAGACUUCAGGGGAAACUUAGGGGUUCCAGGUUCAGUAUCUUACCCAAGAACCCUUUGACAUAUUCUAUAUGAUUAUUAAUGACUAUUUUUAGAUGUGCAUAUACAGAGAAAACAGAUGUAACAGCCUUUUUUAAUAAGAAUGUCUUUCAUUUAUACUGAACCCAUCAUUUUCUAAAUAAAUUUACAUUAUCUCCUUA